AUGCCGCAGCUCGGCGGCGGCGGCGGCGGCGACGACCUGGGGGCCACGGACGAGAUGCUGGCCUUCAAGGACGAGGGCGAGCAGGAGGAGAAGAUCCCCGAGAACGCCUUCACGGAGCGCGACCUGGCCGACCUCAAGUCCUCGCUGGUGAACGAGUCGGAGGGCAGCGGCAGCCCCGCCGCCGCCGGCGCCGCCGAGGCCAUCCGCCGCGCGCAGGAUCCGCAGAGGGUUUAUCAGGAGAAGCUCCCGGACCACAUGGAAGAUGGUAUCAAGCACCAGGACCCGGGGAUGUACAAAGGAUCGGCGUACUCCGGCUACCCCUUCCUCAUGCUCUCCGACCCCUACCUGCCCAACGGCUCCAUGUCGCCGCUGUCUAACAAGGUUCCCGUGGUGCAGCCGUCGCACGGAGUCCACCCGCUCACCCCGCUCAUUCCCUACAGCAACGACCACUUCAGCCACGGCUCCCACUCGCCCCACUUGCCCGCCGACAUCAACCAGAAGCAAGGAGUGCACCGUCCUUCCCAGACAUCCGACAUCCCUGGUUUCUACCCCCUCCCUCCUGGCGGAGUCGGACAGAUCACUCCUUCAAUGAGCUGGCAGAGCCAGUCUGUCUAUCCGCUCCCGUCAUGUGGAUUUAGGCAGCCGUACUCGUCAGCGCUUUCCCCUGGCGCCUCUUUCUCCAGGUUCCCCCACCCGCUGAUGCUGGGCUCCGGCAUGCACACCACCGGCAUCCCGCACCCGGCCAUCGUGCCCCACUCCGGCAAGCAGGAGAUGGAGCACUACGACCGAAACAUGAAACCUCAACCUGAACCAAAGAGAGAGAAGGAAGCCAAGAAGCCCACUAUCAAGAAGCCCCUGAACGCUUUCAUGUUGUAUAUGAAAGAGAUGCGGGCGAAAGUCAUCGCCGAGUGCACCCUGAAGGAGAGCGCGGCCAUCAACCAGAUCUUAGGAAGGAGGUGGCACGCGCUGUCGCGGGAGGAGCAGGCCAAGUACUACGAGCUGGCGCGGAAGGAGCGGCAACUCCACAUGCAGCUCUACCCAGGCUGGUCCGCCCGGGAUAACUACGGGAAAAAGAAAAGACGAACACGGGAAAAGCAGCAAGAUUCCAGCUCAGAUCCUGCCUCUCCUAAGAAAUGCAGAGCUCGCUUUGGCCUCAACCAACAAACGGACUGGUGCGGCCCGUGCAGGAGGAAAAAGAAGUGCAUUCGGUACUUACAAGGAGAAGGACGCUGUGCCAGCCCAGUUUCUUCCGAUGGAAGUGCUAUAGACUCCCCUCCCUCUCCCCCCGAUGCACUCCGAUGCGUAUCCUCCGCUUUUCCUUCCGACAAGCUUGCCGCCCCUGCCGAUCCCGCGCGCAGAGAGCAAAGCGACCCCUUCCCCGGCUCCGUGCACCUCAGAACCGCCACCUGCUCCUCCAGACCGACCACGAGGCGCUCGCCUGCGCCCCGCGCGGCGGCAGCGCCUCCCGCGGGGACGUAGUCCCG